AUGAACGGCUACGGAUCGCCGUACCUCUACAUGGGGGGUCCGGUGUCGCAGCCCAGGGCAGCGCUCCAGCGGACCCCCAAGUGCGCGCGCUGCCGCAACCACGGGGUGCUCUCGUGGCUCAAGGGCCACAAGCGCUACUGCCGCUUCAAGGACUGCACGUGCGAGAAGUGCAUCCUCAUCAUCGAGAGGCAGCGCGUCAUGGCGGCCCAGGUGGCCCUGCGCAGGCAGCAGGCCAACGAGAGCCUGGAGAGCCUCAUCCCGGAGUCGCUCCGAGCGCUGCCCGCCAUCGCGGUGCCCGCAGCCGCCGAGGGGAGCCGCGCCGCGCCGCCGCCGCAGCGCGCGGGAGAAGCGGGCCCGCGGUGGGCGAGCGAAGCGCCGGCGAUGGGCCACGCCGGAGCGGGUAAGAAAGAGGAGGGGAGGGACGGAGGGGGGGGGACGGAGGGAGGAGGAGGGGGGGAAAACGGCGGUGGCAGCAGUGACAAGGAGCAGGACCAAAGCAGCUCUCCGGAGGACUCCAAAACCAACUCGUGUUACAGUCCAGAAGCUCCAGAAGUCCCCCCGGUGCCAGAGGAGGCGCGCUUUGACCCGCAGAAGAGCGGCGCUGAUGCCGAGGCCAAGACGGAAAGCCCAAAGUACGAUGGCGAGCAGGGCCUCCUCAUUGAGGGCCUCUCUGGUUCGGUGUCUUUGCCCUUCAACCUGAAGGCCAACCGCCCUCCGCUAGAGGUGCUGAAGAAAAUCUUCCCCAGCCACAAACCUGCUGUUUUGGAGCUCAUCCUGAAAGGCUGUGGAGGGGACCUGGUGGGAGCCAUCGAGGUGCUGCUCUCCAGCAGACCCCACCUGAACCCCGAGAGGCCCCCCGUGGACGGCUCAGAUGCCCUCAUAUUACCUUCCAAUGGACACCUCUUUGAACACACUCUGGGCUCCUACCCUGUAUCCUCGUCCAAAUGGUCAGUGGGCUCAGCGUUCAGAGUACCUGACUCGUUGAGGUUUUCCUCCGAUUCCCCUAGUGUGGUGUCCAGCCCCUUGGCCAUGCCCCUACAGCACCCCUUCCCCCAGGCACCACGCUACCCGCUAAUGCUCCGCAACUCGCUCACCCGGAGCCAGGCCAACCCGUUUGUGCACAACGAUGUGACGCUGUGGAAUACCAUGACUCUGCAGCAGCAGUACCAGCUCAGGUCCCAGUACGUAUCCCCCUUCUCCAGCACUUCCGGCAACAUCUUCAGAAGCUCCGGCGUCCUGCCCUCUCGCAGCCCCGAAGACCACAGGAUGAGCAUCCAAGAAGACGGAUGUUCCACGGUUCCCAAACAAUCGAUUUUUGCAGACGAGGACUAUGACGAGAGGUCUGAUUCGUCCGACUCGAGAAUUCUGAGUUCCUCAAACUAAUGGAUGUAUGUUUAGAUGUACCAGAUCACCAAGGGAGGCAAAAAAUAAUACUGUGAAUGAAUUGUGUGCUAUUUAAAAUCAAGACUUUUCUUGUAUCAGCAUAAUGCUAAAAUCCGCCCUUGAAGGUAUCGUAUUACAUUUUUAUUUUGACAUGUUAGUUAAUAGCCUAUUUG